ACGCGUUACGUCAUUCCGUGGGCUUUGCGUGAAGGGCGUUAUGUUUGCCUGCGUGGUCUACCGCCAAAUUUAAACUAGUGAAAGAAAGAAGAGUAACAGGUAGUAGAAGUGUACAACAAGACUGAAGAUUCACACAACUUUCAGGUAACUUAAAUCAACAUGGCAUCUUCACUGAUGGAUGGAUUUGGCAGAGCUGUAGUGGGAGUCUGGCGGGCACAUACAGUUCUUGAUGAAUCUGAUGGGCCAGAGAGUUCCCCAGAAGCCCCUGACCAUUUCCGCAAGCUUCCAUCCUCAUCUUCACUAAACUCUUUGCGAAUGUCUUUGCGAAAGCGGCUCCCGCUACGUUCUAUCCACACUAGCUCUCUCCCGGAGAAUCCAACUUGGGAAACCCUAAAGGAGCAGCCAAAACCUAGCACAGUCCGCAGACUGACUCGCAGUGCUCGAAACUCCAUCAGUGGAGUAUAUCAGCGGUUACAGAGGACCAGAGAGUUUUCACGUGAGGAGUGUCUGGUAGCAACCCCUGGCAAGACGGGUGAUGGGGUAGAAUGUGGUACGUCAGUAUCUCGUACCCCAAGACGUACACCUGGCCAAACUGCAACACCUAGACGUACCCCCAGAUCUGCAACCACACCUGGGCGUACUCCAAGCUCUAGAGGAAGGACUCCUGAGGCUGGUGUGCGGGGGGUUAAAACAGGAAGAGGAAGGAGGCAGCUGGUCCGCAUGGCUGCAUUACGAAGUCCCUUUGCCUCACCCAGUACACAGAACCAGAGGCUAAAGUUUGGCCAAGAUUUGGAGUCAGUUUCCAGUGGACUCAAGAGGCUCAAACAUCUGUCCAAAGCCUUUGACAUCACCAGCAGAGAUGACAGAACCAGUACACAGGAAUGUUAUGGAGCAGCAAUGAUGAGAAAGUUGGAUCCUAGCGGUAAACUCAGUCGCUCAAACCUCACACGUCGAGCCACACAUCUCUCAAACACAAUGGGAGGUUGGGCCCACACAGCUGUGAACACUAUUCGUAAACCCAACUGAGCUACGUGUGUGUGUAAAACAUAGGACCUUUGUAAUAAUUUUUCACUUUUAUCAUUAUUGAAGUGUUACGGUUUCGUUUACAUGUAGUGUUGUCAUGAUAGUGGGAGACUGUUACAUGGCAUCUUGUCUGUGCUGAGUGUAAUUGUUGUGUGUUUACACAUCUCAGGUUAGUUAGUCAUAGAUAAAAUAUUCUCAGUGUAGCUACCAAAGAGAUUUCUGUAUUGUUGUAUGUACCUGUCAUAGCUGCUCCAACAACUGUAAAAGUCUUCAUUAUGUUUUCAAAAUACUAAUAUUGUAGUUUGUUCACACCUUUUCCAUAGAAAUGUUUUGCACAAGACCAAAUAUGUAUCUGUAUAACUGACACUAAAUUUACUGACAAGGGGGAGAUGCAUUAUCCUCUCAUUUCUAUGUAUGCAAUAAUGUUACUAAUAUUGUACUUGUUUUACCUUUUAAAAUGAUAUUUGAUUAGGCUAAAUUGUAGUGAACGGUGAAUUUUCUGAGAAAGGGGACUUUUUUUAGAUAGUGUAGGCAGGAUUUAAAUGAAAUAAAAAAAUAUAAUACCUUCCUUUGAGGCAGAGGUCAGUGCCUUUAUUGGCUUGUGGAUGAUUCAUGCUUUAGUCCUGUACACACAAAUCAUCUGAUAAUGUGAUACUCAUUACCCGAUGACAGUAUAGUGACUAUCAAGCAAAUGAAGCUAAAUUUCUCCGUUCUGUUGUUCCCGUGUAUUGGCACCCCCUUUUUCUGCAGUCAUGAGAGAAGGCGAGACAUUGUAUCCAUGUGUGGGAAAACAAAGUAAAAUAAACUUUCAUCAACCCAGAA